AAUUUUAAAUACAUUAAUAUCACUAAAAAAACUUACACAUUUAUUUUUAAAAAUAAAUCCAUUAUAUAAUUAUACCAAUGUUCAACAUAAAAUACGUUCAAUAUUAUUUUCAAAUCAAUUAUUAACAUUAGAAUAUAUAACAUUAUUAAUGAGUGCAAAUGUAUUUGGUUUAACAAAUUUAAAUACAUCAAAUCCUUAUCUAAAAUAUUUAACAAUUGAACGUAUUAGUUUUGAUCAAUUUUUAUCGUUAAUACAACAUUUACCAAAUAUAAAAUAUUUAAAUGCAAAAUUAUCUCGUUCAGGUUGGCCAAAAACUAUUGAAUUAAUAUCAGUAAAAUUAACACAUUUAAUAUUAAUUAUUGGUACUUUAAAUUUUGAAUUAAUGCAAUCAUUAUUAAAACAUUGUAAUCAAUUAAUAUAUUUAUCAUUAACAUUUAAUGGUAGUGGACAAUUACUUGAUGGUCAACAAUUUGAAAAAUUAUUUUUAUUUUUACCAUUAUUAAAAAUAUUUUAUUGUGAUUUAAUUGUGUUGGUGU